UAUGACAUUUUUUGGCAUGCACUCUGGAGGUUAUAAUGUUCUGUGUUUUUGCUACUAAUAAACUAACCUCAAAUAAUAAACAAAAAUCAGUACAAAAUUAUAUUGUUUAUUUUCAUUGAAAUGAAGAGAAGGGUUGUCGUAACGGGUAUGGGUGUACUUUCACCGAUUGGGGGAAGUCUGAAAGAAUCUUGGAAAAAUAUAAUCGCCGGUAAUUGCGGUAUAACGAAAUUAGAGGGGCCAAAAUUUGAAAAACUCCCUUGCAAAGUAGCUGCUUUUAUUAAAUCCGAUGGUCAAAGAAUCGAUUUAACUAGUCGAUUUUCCAAAACUGAACUGAAAUCAAUGGGUUCUGCAACAGCAUAUGCUCUUAUGGGUACAGAAGAAGCUCUAAAAGACUCCAAUCUUUGUAACACUGAUGAAGAUACUAAGUUGCGAACCGGAGUAGCCAUUGGUAUGGGUAUGGUAGAUUUACAAGAUAUAUGUGAAACUAAUGAUGCUUUGAAUAAAGGUUAUCGAAAUGUAAGUCCUUUCUUUGUUCCUAGGAUAUUACCAAAUAUGGCUGCAGGACAAAUAAGUAUAAAAUAUGGUUUUCGCGGACCAAAUCACUCUGUUUCGACAGCUUGUGCAACAGGCGCACAUGCAAUAGGUGAUUCCUUCAGGUUCAUCCGUAGUGGAGAUGCUGAUAUAAUGAUUUGUGGGGGAACAGAAGCAUGCAUAUCACCUUUAUCAAUAGCAGCAUUUUGUAGGUUACGAGCAUUGAGUACUUCAUUCAAUGAUUCUCCUGAAAAGGCUUCCCGUCCUUUUGAUACUAAAAGAGAUGGAUUUGUAAUGGGUGAAGGUACAGCAAUACUAAUUCUUGAGGAAAUGAAGCAUGCUAUUAAAAGAGGAGCAAAUAUAUAUGCAGAAAUUCUUGGAUAUGGUUUGUCAGGUGAUGCUUCACAUCUAACUGCUCCAAGAUCUGAUGGGACUGGAGCUUUAUUAGCAAUGCAAAGAGCUCUUAAAGAUGCCAAUAUAACUGUUGAUAAAUUAACUUACAUAAAUGCUCAUGCAACAUCAACUCCAUUAGGAGAUACAAUAGAACUCAAAGCUAUUAGGAAAUUAUUCAACAAUAACAUUGAACACUUAGCAGUGUCUUCCACAAAAGGUGCUCAUGGACAUUUACUAGGUGCUGCAGGUAAUCUUGAGGCUGUAUUCACAAUUAAAGCAGUACAAGAAGGCAUUCUACCACCAACCAUCAAUUUAGAAAAUGGUGAAGACAGUAGUUUUAAUUUUGUGCCUCACAAGUGUCAAGAAUGGAAUAAUCCUUAUAGGAUAGCUUUGAAAAAUGCAUUUGGAUUUGGUGGAACAAAUGCAUCACUUUGUAUCGGACAAUAUAUUUAAUUGACUGAAAUUUUAUUUUUUGCCACCUAUAGGAA